CUAGAUUUCUCCAUCUCACUAAGGAGGAACGGUUUCCUAUUUGAUAUAGCUGAUGGUACCAUGCAAAAAUCAGAUCUUCGGAAAGAUGAGGAAACAAAAGUACAGGGGGUUAAGUUACUUGGCCAAUGUUAUACAGCUAGUAAGUGAUAGAACCGAAUCUGAAUCCAGGCAAGAUUGCUGCAGAAUCUUCAAAACAGAAGAGAGACAUCUAGGGAUAUUUGGUAAAAAAUACCCUUGAGCUUGCAAUAAGAUGGAGAAAUUAACAUACAGAGAAACUGACUUGUCAGAGGUCAGAGUAAGGUAUUGGUGGAUCCAGGGAUAAAUCCCAAACUUCUUAACUCCUUGACCAGUUUUAAGUCCAUUGACUAUGCAGCCUAGUGUGAUAGACUGGAAUGAUGUUAGGAAACACAAGUAUGGUCACCUUUCCGAGUCUGCAUCCCAAUAUCAAGAAGCUACUGACAUCCUGGAACUAGGUCAUUUUACCUGGGACAAAUACCUAAAAGAAACAUGUUCAGUCCCAGCGCCUGUCCAUUGCUUCAAGCAGUCCUACACACCUCCAAGCAACGAGUUCAAGAUCAGCAUGAAAUUGGAAGCGCAGGACCCCAGGAAUACCACAUCCACGUGUAUUGCGACAGUAGUUGGACUGACAGGUGCCCGGCUCCGCCUUCGCCUUGAUGGCAGUGACAACAAGAAUGACUUCUGGCGGCUGGUUGACUCAUCUGAAAUCCAGCCUAUUGGGAACUGUGAGAAGAAUGGGGGUAUGCUGCAGCCCCCUCUGGGAUUUCGGCUGAAUGCCUCCUCUUGGCCCAUGUUCCUUUUGAAGACACUAAAUGGAGCAGAGAUGGCUCCCAUCAGGAUUUUCCACAAGGAACCACCCUCGCCUUCCCACAACUUCUUCAAAAUGGGAAUGAAGCUAGAAGCUGUGGACAGGAAGAACCCUCAUUUCAUUUGCCCAGCCACUAUUGGGGAGGUGCGGGGCUCAGAGGUGCUGGUCACUUUUGAUGGGUGGCGAGGGGCCUUUGACUACUGGUGCCGCUUCGACUCCCGGGACAUCUUCCCUGUGGGCUGGUGUUCCCUGACUGGAGACAACCUACAGCCACCUGGCACUAAAGUUGUGAUUCCAAAGAAUCCCUAUCCUGCAUCUGAUGUGAACACUGAGAAGCCCAGCAUCCACAGCAGCACCAAAACUAUCUUGGACCAUCAACCAGGGCAGAGGGGGCGUAAACCAGGAAAGAAGCGGGGCCGGACACCCAAGCCCCUAAUUCCCCACCCCAUCUCUACCCCAUCCAAGUCAGCUGAACCUUUGAAAUUCCCAAAGAAGAGGGGUCCCAAACCUGGCAGUAAGAGGAAACCUCGGACUUUGCUGAACCCACCACCCACCUCACCAACAACCAGCACCCCUGAACCGGACACCAGCACUGUACCCCAAGAUGCUGCCACCAUCCCCAGCUCAGCCAUGCAGGCCCCCACAGUUUGUAUUUACUUGAACAAGAAUGGCAGCACAGGCCCCCACUUAGAUAAGAAGAAGGUCCAGCUGCUUCCUGACCAUUUUGGGCCAGCCCGCGCCUCCGUGGUGUUGCAGCAGGCUGUCCAGGCUUGCAUCGACUGUGCUUAUCAUCAGAAAACCGUCUUCAGCUUCCUCAAACAGGGCCAUGGUGGUGAAGUGAUCUCAGCCGUGUUUGACCGCGAACAGCACACCCUCAACCUCCCGGCAGUCAACAGCAUCACCUACGUCCUCCGCUUCCUGGAGAAGCUCUGCCACAACCUUCGCAGUGACAAUCUGUUUGGCAGCCAACCCUUUACACAGACUCACUUGCCUCUCACCACCACCGAGUACAGCCACAGCCACAGCCACAGCCACGACAGGUACCUACCAGGUGAAAGCUUUGUCCUGGGGAAUAGUCUGACCCGGUCCUUGGAACCACACUCAGACUCCAUGGACUCCGCCUUGACUCCCACCAACCUUGUCAGCAGCUCCCAAAACCUUCGAACCCACGGGUACCGGCCUCUGCUUCCAUCUUGUGGCCUCCCACUGAGUCCUGCCUCGGCUGUGCGCAGGCUGUGCUCCAGGGGUGGGUUUCAGCUCGCCUCUCAGCUGUGUGACAGGCAUCUCCUGAGUGGUGAGGAUACAGACGUGAACAAGGCAAGGUCCCUGCCUCAAGACAGCCUGGUGGGGGAGCCAGAAAAAUACACAAGGUCGGACCGAUACCUGGAAAGCCGGGAUGCCUCUCGACUGAGUGGCCGGGACCCCUCCUCGUGGACAGUAGAGGACGUGAUGCAGUUUGUCCGGGAAGCUGAUCCCCAGCUUGGACCCCACGCUGACCUCUUUCGCAAACACGAGAUCGAUGGCAAGGCCCUGCUUCUGCUGCGCAGCGACAUGAUGAUGAAGUACAUGGGGCUGAAGCUGGGGCCCGCGCUCAAGCUCUCCUUCCACAUUGACCGGCUGAAGCAGGGCAAGUUCUGAACCGGGAGACACCGCCCAGACAACUGCGGGGUCCUCCGGAAGGGGUCGACAUUCUUCUCCCCGGAAGGAGGGCCAACAGUCUGCUCCGGGCGCCUCAGUGGGGCUCAGGGCCGCCUCAGGACUCCAGGAGGCUGUGUGGAGCCACCACUGCUCCCCCUCCUGCCAUGAUACGUCCUUCCAUGAAGGACUGAGGAGGGGGGAGUGUGGGGCCCAGGGCUGGCGCUGCUCUUGCCCUCAGCCCUGCCUCGGCUCUGAGGCCCCUCUGUAUUUAUUUCUCAAGCCCGCUGGCCUUUCAGCGGGCGUUUAGACUGAACACCUUCCGGGUGAUGGAGGAAGGGGCUGACCUCUGAGGCCCCAGAAGACGGGGCCCUGAAUUGACACUCGUGCCCAGUUCCCCUGCCACCUGCCGGGCCUGGUGUGGCACCCCACUGCCCCACAGCUCCCGCCACCUCCUCACAAGAGCUCCAGACUCCAAACUCAUGGUGCAAACCUCUACCUUUUUUAAAAAAAGAUCUUUUCUUAUUGUUAAUUUAUUGUUUCUGGCACUCGGGCAAGCCCUCCGGUUCAUACUCCUCCCGCUCCAGACACCUGGUUUCAGGAGGUGGGAGACUGCCCCGCCCCGGUCCCAGAGAGGCAUGGGCUCUUUCUCAGACCACAUCACCCUAGAGCGCUUGCUCUGUGGGGUGGACAGAUCCCUCAGGCCUUGACCGUGUACCCCUCAGCUUGGGGAGAAGAGAGUGUCUGCCACCUUCCCCUCCGCCUCCAGGGGCCCUCUGCAGCCCCAGGCCUCGUCUGUGGGAAUGGGAGUCCCCCGCCCACACCCUCCCCCACACAGCUCCCUGCCCUGGCCAGAACUGCUGCCGAAGAAGGUCAGGCCCCCGGAUUUUAGGCCACAAAGCCCGUAAGGCAGAUGGGAGGGAAGGGUCUCCCGGCUGGAGUCUGGUUGUCCCCUCUCCAUUAUCCAGAUGCUUCCUUUGUGAGCAGGUCAGCUGCGCCCGCUGCCAUCUGGACUUCUUUUAUGUCAAUUUGUUUAUAAAUAAAAACCAAUAUAGA